GUCUCUUCGUACUCUUCUCUUUCUUGGAUUGUUUCCUGUCUCAAUUCCUCCAUGUCCUUUUAGAUAGAGGGAAUUGUGAUUGUUUCUGGGUUGCUUUUGAUCCGUUUUAGGUCAUAUUGUCUUCAAGAUUCGAUCUUUCUCUCUGGGUUUAAACUCGUUUCUUUGCAGUGAGAUAUACAUUCAAGAAUUCUGUUGUGGAAUUCCGAUGGUCUUGGAUUUGUUUUUCGUUUGUUAGGAUGAUUGCUUGGAUCGAUUUGUUUGGAAAUCUUCUACUCGAGUUUGUUAGGAUGAUGAAGGUUUUCCUUUUUUUUCAAAUUUAACAUACUGCUUUCCUUUGAAGUUUUCAUUUCCUCGAGGAAUUUAUGAGAACCGGUACAUGUAGGUCAAGUUGCAAACAUCUUUUUGAUGUCUGGUUACCAUCAUCCAAAGAAAUUAAUCCAUCUCAUCAUGCCUUUUGUUUUUGUUUUUUUUUUCUUCAUAUCUUUUUGUCGGUUUGUCUUGGGACGUGUGAAACGCUUGUGCAGAGAUCAAGCAUCGCUCGAGUGGCUCAAGUUAGCUUCUGAAAGGUAGAAAGAAAAGCAUAAGUUGCUUCGGCAAAAAUAAAUUCCAAGAAAUGGGAUGCCUGGCAUCAAAACCUAAAGAUGCGGGUGGUAACAAAAGAUGGCCGGGGACUGCUGGAGUGGUGGCUGUGUUUGUGCCAGGAUUGCGUAUCCCUAAAGGUGUUGACUUAUCUCGCCCAUUGGGUAAUAGCUUGUCAAGAAGUUUAGUGGAACACCUCUCAGCUCUGAGAACUCGCAUAGUUGUCAUGGCUGCCCAAGAGGCACCGACUGUGAAAAAGCCUAGGCGGAAGACAGCUACACAACAUGUUUUGGUGUCUGCAGGAGGUUCUUCAUUGGCUGAUCUUCUAAAGGCUUUGGAGGAUUACUUGCCAGUGCUACUGGGAUUGGUUAAAAAUGGAAGUCAGUUAAAAGAUACUGUACAGUUUGUGUGGGUUAAUCAGGAGGAUGAUGCAGAGGAAACAGGCAUGGCAAAUGCUUGGUAUGAGGUGUUGUCAGUUCUACAUUUGAUGUCUAUGCUGUGUUUUUCUGAAGCCAAUUCUUUGCUUCUUCCUAAAACGUCUAAUGAUGAUUGCCAGCCAAAGGUAUCUGAAGAGAAUAGACGAACCUCCAUUGAUGUUUUCUUAAAGGCAGCAGGAUAUUUGGAUUGUGCUAUUCGGGAUGUUCUUCCUCAAAUUCCUCCGGAUAUGAGGAAAGAUCUUCCUCUAGACCUAGCUGAAGGAGUGCUGCGAGCUCUUUGCAUGCAAGCAUUAGGUCAGACCAUUGAAAUUCAACUUGGAAUGGCAAUGGAUUGUCCCAAGGCCACACUAGCUGUGAAACGACGGUUGGCAUGUGAGAUGGUGAAGUGUUGGCAUGAGGCCCACGACAGCAUUACACAGGUUCCGUUAACCAAUGGUUAUGGGGGGAAGCAUCGUCUCUUUAUUAAGUGGAAAUAUGCUGAAGCGAAGGCAGCUGCAUAUUACUACCAUGGGCUAAUCCUUGAUGAAAGGAAUACAGAGAAGUCCCAUGGGAUGGCUAUAGCUGCUCUGCAAGCAGCAGAAGAGUUCCUCAAAGAAAGCAAAAGGGCUUGCGAAGCCUUCAAUGCAAUGCCUCCUGCAUCAACGAAUCCCCCUCUUUGGGGAUCCGCAAAGUAUCUUUCUGAGAAGAUCCCCAAAUAUGUGUCCAGCAAGGUUCGCAUCGAUAGGGACCUCUACAGUCAUGAGAGGGGCCUUGAGACAAGACCAACAUUGCCAGAAUUUGCAGUGGCUGUUAAACCUGAUGAUUAUCAACUUCCCCCAUUGGAUCCCUCAUGGAACGAAUAAAAUGAUCAUCAGAAAGCCCAGAUCAUAUGGAGCUGUCGCAUUGGAAGAGUACCAGUUGACCUGUAACGUAGCUAUAUGCCUACACAUCAGGGAGAGACAUCUUCUGUCAGUAACAAAUGUAUGAUAUACUAAUUUACGCCACCACCCCACCCCCCCCCCCCCCCCCCCCCCCCCCCCCUCCUCGUUUUAUUUCAAAGAAAAUAAAGUCUUUGCAUAGCUUGCUUGUUUAUGGGACGUUGUUGUUGUUUACAAGUGUUAUAUUGCAUGUGAAAUGUAAAUUAUGGAAAAAAAAAA